UGCGCAAUUAUCGAAGAGACGAAAUUUCAAAAAUCUAAAGUUUGGAAUCCGUARGUAGAUUAGGCCGCGGGUCGUAAAUAUCGAAGGCGCAGAUAUUUUGGCACGCUGGACAUAAAUAUCGAAGACGCGCAAAUUGAACAAAACUUUGUAGUGGGAUCCCUGUUGUUUUUGACGGGUCGAUAAAUAAUGAAUAAAGAAAAAUCUAAAGAAAAAAGAAUAACAAGAAACUGAUAUCACUUCUAUGAUUAUUUAUUUUCUCAAGAAACAAAAAACAUUUCUUGAAGUCCGUCGACAUGGUAAUAUUUUCUUCGCUAAAGGAAAGAACGUUCUAAUGGAGACAAGUCUACCAUAUCUUAUUUCAUGGUUCGUUAUGUUCUCGUCCUUGCAACAUCUUUCAGACGUGCGAGGAAUGCCCGCUGGCGGUGCUCUCCCACCAGGGAUCGGUGCAGUGAGAAAAGUUAUAGCUUGUGAAGAUCAAAAGGCUUACAUCACAUGUGCCAACAUAUUCAACAGCAUUGAUAUCGUGUCAGCCAUGUUUGGCAGGAAGGACCCCAUGGUGUGUCUUACACCUGGACAAGAUCCUGCCUCCCCCUGCACAGAACAAGAAGAACAAAUAAAACAAGAAGUGAAGGAUCUGUGUCAGGGAGAGAACAAGUGCGAGGUGUCUGCGUCAAAUGAUCUACUUGCUAUGGAGGGGACAGUCAUUUGUCCUAAUGUAAUGAAAUACCUGGAAGUCAAAUAUAGGUGUAUGCCGAAAACAGCUAUCGCUGAAAACGAAGGCGAAGUAACAACUAAUGCAGUGACCGAAUUAGUCGGUGGCGCAACGUCAUCGGCUUCUUCAUCAUCAUCGUUAUCAUCAAACGAAGCUGAAGUCGUAACAUCAAUAUCAUCCUCUGCUUCCGCAUCAGCAUCAGCUUCGUCAUCAUCAUCAUCAUCAUCAUCAUCAUCAUCAUCAUCAUCUCCAGAGUCAGAAGUACAAGUGCUUCUCGAUUCUUCUCCUGUCACCCGAUCAGAGAAUAACGUAGUUGAACAACUGGGAGUCGACCAAUCACAUUCAUCCCCCCAGACCUCUCAAGAAGUUACCGAGUCCAUGGCACAAAUGGCGCACAACGAUAACCGCGCGGAGGAGAUGGUAUUAUCCCCAAACUCCAUCGCUGAGACGAUUAAGAAGUCCAAAAUUGAACAAGUACCGGAAGAGACUGAGAGCGAGAUCGAAGAGAAGGAAGAGACGAAUGGAUCUGGGAUAGAUGAAAUGGACGAGGGAAGCGGUUAUAUGUAUUAAAUUACAUUUCUAUAUGUAUAUUAUAUAUC